CCAACCACUUCACUUAAACGUUACUCCAAAGUCUCUCUCACUUAAAAAGAUUCCCUCUUUCCGAUCGCUUCAUCGGAACGGAAUCGCAUAAUCCGGCGCCAGUAUGUCCACAGACUUCCAAUCCAUUCCACUCAUCGAUAUUAGUCCUCUUGUGGCCAAGUGUGAUGAUCCAAAUGUAGCCCAAGACAAAGAUGUUGCAGAAGUUGUUAGACUUCUAGAUCAAGCUUGUAGAGAAGCUGGAUUCUUUUACGUGAAAGGACAUGGUAUACCGGACUCUCUUAUCAAAGAGGUUAGAGAAAUAACACACAAGUAUUUUGGUCAACCUUACGAGGAGAAACUCAAGAUCAAAUUAUCCGACAAAACCGGAUACAGGGGAUACCAAAGAGUUGGUGAAAAUAUCACUAAAGGCAUACCCGAUAGACACGAAGCCAUUGAUUGUUAUAGUGAACUAAAGAAAGGGAUGUAUGGAGGUCUUGGUGACCCAUUAGUAGGAAUCAAUAAAUGGCCAUCUGAUCCUCGGAGGUUUAAGGAAGUGAUGGAGGAGUAUCUUGCCCUUUGCACAGAAUUAUCAAGAAAAAUCAUGAGAGGGAUUGCUCUUGCACUUGGCGGAUCAGUCGAUGAAUUUGAAGGCAAAAUUGCGGGUGAUCCAUUUUGGGUGUUUCGUAUUAUUGGUUACCCUGGUUCCUUGUCAACAACUGAUGAAGGUUUGCCAAAAAAUGAUGUUGGAUGUGGAGCUCACACCGAUUACGGGCUAUUGACGUUGGUUAACCAGGACGACGACAAAACCGCCCUUCAGGUGAGAAAUGUUUCAGGUGAAUGGAUAUCAGCAGUUCCCAUUCCGGGAACAUUUGUAUGCAAUAUUGGCGACAUGCUUAAGAUUUUGACAAAUGGUGUAUAUGAAUCAACAUUGCAUCGAGUGAUUAACAAUUCCCCAAAAUACAGAGUUUGUGUGGCAUAUUUUUAUGAGCAGCCAAACUUCAAUGCUUCAAUAAGGCCAUUGGAAAUGUGUGUAAAGAAAAGUGGUGGAGAGAACAAGUUUGAAGCAGCUGUUUAUGGAGAGCAUUUAGUUAGUAAAGUUCUGACUAAUUUUACAUAUUAAUUAAUAUGUAUAUUUUGAUUCAAAUAUUGUUUGCUAAUUGUAUAUUACUAUAUUAGUAGCUGUAAGUUGCCUCAUCUUGAACCUAUAAUUUCAACAGUCAUCCCAUCAUAUGAAGCAUUAAAGACAA